AUGUGGGGCCUCACCAAACAAGUCACAACGGCAUUGCUGGCCUCAAGUUCCCCACCGUCGGUGAACCAAAUGGGCCAAGACUUUCGAAGUUUAUAUUCCAUUCUGGGAGAGCAAGCAUCCGUCUACCAACAAUUAUCACCCACGCUUCGGAUAUCCCAUGUCACUCCACCACAAGAAGAGAAUCAAGACUGGACCGAUGUCUUGGACUUGGAUGCCGAACUCAUGAUGCAGUUUGAAAAGGAUGACGACAGCGACAAUCUAUUUUUGGAAGUGGCCAACAAACAUGGAGCAGACAAACCUUUAGCUCUCUAUCUUCCUGGAUUGGACGGCUUUGGAAUCUCUGCGGCUACUUGGCAGUUUAAUGACCUGGCUAGAACUUUUGAUCUGUGGCGUCUUUCCAUUGCCAUUGAAGAUCGAUCCUCCUUUAGCACUGUGGUUUCAUCCGUUUCCAAAAUGGUAGAAAAACUAAGUGCAAGUACUGGACGACCCAUUUAUUUGAUUGGCGAAAGUUUUGGGGGACUCUUGGCACCAGCUAUUACAUUAAAUGUGCAAAAUAAGGCGGAACGUGAAGGACGUGACAAUCCGAUUGGUGGGUUGGUCAUGGUGAACCCUGCCACUUCCUUUGAUCAAACCUCCUGGGAUGUCCUGGCACCAAUACUAAGCAGCAUUGGAUUCUUGACAUCCCCUGCUGAAGGAAGAAGUCUUCCUUUUGGAGGCCUAUUGCCAUCGCCCUAUGCGAUCAUUGGAGGCUUGACCUUGUCGGCCCUAAUUCCUAGCUCGGAACAAUUUCAACGGAUUGUGGAUCUCUUUCAAGAAAAUAUUGCCUCGAGUAUCUCCAAUCCAUCCAGUAUUUUCGAUCUGAUCCAAGACAUGCUCAAAUCGUUUGAAUUGACGGAAGAAACAUUGCCCCCUGGUUUACUCGACCACAGAAUCAAGAACUGGCUGUUUGUCGGAUCGGACAUCGUCCUUCCCAGACUAAAGGACAUUAAUGUCCCUGCACUGGUAGUAGUCGGCAACGAAGACAAGCUUAUCGAUUCACGCGGUGAAGUCAAGCGCUUACAGGAGAAGCUGCCUCAAGUGGAGACCUUGGUCGUUCGGAAUGCAGGGCAUUUUGUCUUGGACGAAUACGUCAACUUGACCGAAGCAAUCUUGUAUUCCAAACUAGAUCCCUUGGAUUUUAGGAAGACGAAGAAAAAGUUUGACCCAAUUUUGGAUUGGAAGAUGCCGGAACAAGAAGUUAUCGACGAGGCCCGAGAAACGAUGAUCAAACCUCUGGAAACUGCCUUUAGUCCGGUGUACAUGAGUACAGAUACCAAUGGCAAACGUUCCUUUGGCCUUGCCAAUAUUCCAAAAGACGAUGGCCCUAUCCUCUUUGUGGCCAAUCAUCAACUGUUGGGUUUAGAUCUUAAUUUGCUGUUUUCCAAAUUGAUCGAAAAUGACAUUGUUGUAAGAGGCUUGGCCCAUCCCAUUGUAUUCCAGUCCGCCCCUGGCUCCUCAAGUCGAGUCGACGAACUGGGUGGACGCACCCCUGGUCUACAACGCAAAACCUCUGGUUCUGGUCCCAACCCUUCCAACUUUCAAACCUAUGGAGCCGUCAUGGUUACACCUCGCAACUUUUAUAAAGUAAUGCAGUCAGGGCAGAAUGCUCUCUUAUUUCCAGGAGGAGUUCGUGAAGUCUUUCACGGCCGCGACGAAGCCUACCAACUCUUUUGGCCAAAAAAGGUAGACUUUGUCCGGACGGCGGCCCGAUUCAACGCUACCAUUGUUCCCAUUAGUGCAGUAGGUAUGGCCGAUAGUAUCAAUACGAUAUUGGAUCCGUCGGAAGUUGGAAAUUUGCCAAUAAUUGGCGAACGAGCCAUGGCUUUUGCUGCAAAUGUGACGGCUGCCCGAUUCGAUGCGGCAAAUGAGGAUGAGGUCUUUCUGCCACCUAUCGUAGCGCCUGGAUUGCCGUCGCGGAACUAUUUCAUUUUUGGAAAGCCACUUUCAACAAAGGACCUGGAUCCAUCCGAUAAAGCAUCCUGCCAAGACGCCUACCAAUUGGUACAAGACGAAAUGAAGCGAGGGUUUGACGAUAUCCUUUCAGCAAGAGAAAAAGACUCAUUCAAGGAGGCACCAACUAGAUUGGCGUAUGAGCGAUUCACCGGAACCAAGGCCCCAACGUUUGACAUUUCAGAAGUCAACCGGGUGUGA